AUGACCUCGGGCUGCCUGCUGGGGCUGUUGCUGAUGACCGCAGCGCUGACCAGGACAGGAGCAGUUCCUGUCCCCUCACCCCUCAGGGCCCUCCCGGGCACAAGGGGCUGCCACCUGGCCCAGUUCAAGUCUCUGUCCCCACAAGAGCUGCAGGCCUUCAAGAGAGCCAAGGACGCCUUUGAAGAGUCACUCUUGCAGAAGGACUGGAACUGCAGCUCGCGCAUCUUCCCCAGGACCCGGGACCUGAGGCAGCUGCAGGUGUGGGAGCGUCCCGUGGCCUUGAAGGCUGAGGUGGCCCUGACCCUGGCCGUCCUGGGGACCAUGGCUAACUCAUCCCUGGGCAGCACCCUGGACCAGCCCCUGCACACCCUGGGCCACAUCCACUCCCAGCUCCAGGCUUGUGUCCCAGCUCAGCCCACAGCAGGCCCCAGGCCCCGGGACCGCCUCCACCACUGGCUGCACCGGCUCCAGGAGGCCCCGAAGAAGGAGUCCCAGGACUGCCUCGAGGCCUCUGUCAUGUUCAACCUCUUCCGCCUCCUCACCCGGGACCUGAAAUGUGUCGCCAGCGGACACCUGUGUGUCUGAGCCUGAGAUCUACCUGCAACCUGUUCCAGCAUCUUACAUGUUAUUUGUGUAUUGAUGCAUCAGAACCAUUUUCUUAAUUUAUUGCCUGCAAGUCACUAUUUUUGUAUUUAUGUGUAUGAAUUCUCAA